AUGCCGAGCAGAUUGCUCGAUAUGGCACACUCAAAGAGAAGAGCAUCAGAAGUUCAGUACGAUGUGUUCUUGAGUUUUAAUGGGGCGGAUACUCGUUCUGACUUCACGGUCUUCCUCAAUAGAGCCUUGAAUAAUGCCGGAAUCCGCGUAUUCAUGGACGAAGAUGCAAUCAAGGUGGGUGAUAAGAUUGGUGAGACAAUUCUACAGGCUAUCGACAACUCCGAAAUCUACAUACCCAUCAUCUCUCAAACUUAUCUUGAUUGCAAAUGGUGUCUCAUUGAGCUUGAACGCAUGAUGAACAAUGUGUCUCAAUCAGAGGCUAGAAAAAAGAUUUUUCCCAUCUUUUAUAAAGUGAGACCGGGGAUGUUAAGCAUCGGACUCCACGCUCAAAGAAUCUUUCCUCUAAAGUCGAACUUGGGGCGUUCAAAGAGGCUCUUGCAAAGGUUGGUAAAAUCAAGGGAUGGAAGGUCAAGGAGUGACGAAGUCGCUCGGGAAUUUGUCAUGGGUUUUGGGGUCAUUCAAUCUGUCAUCACCAAAUUGCAGUGUUCAAUGGAUGACCUUGAAUUUGUCUACAUUUUCUCGGUUCCUGAUUCUCCCUAUUACGAGUGCUGA